ACCUGAAGGAAGGCUAGGCUCCUAAAUCUCUGUCAGGGAGACGAGAGACCGCACACAGAAAUUUCCCAUUUUUAUUUCCCUUUCCAUUUCCAUUUGCAGAGAGAGAGACAGAGUCUUUGCUUCUUCCAUACGGUGAAAAUCGUGAGUAAGGAGGCAGUGACUUGUUCUUUCUUCCUCUUGGGGCUGGGGUCCUCUCUUCCAGUCAUUCUGUCCCUCGGUCUUCUUCUUCUUCUUCUUCUUCUUCUUCUUCUUCUUCUUAUUUCUUCCCGUAGCUUAAAUGGAGAUUGAUCCUCCAUUUCUAUCAUCAUGAAGAACAAGAGCUCAUUCCCACCGUUUCUUGGUUAUCUCGCAACAGGACAAACACCCCCAAGAUUCUCCCAAAAACACAAAAAAAACAACGACAUAGAACAACCCAACAGACGACAUUCCUCAAAUUUGUCUUCUUCCUCUUCUUCCAUUAACAGAAGUCCUUCGAUGUUGUUUGUCAUCUUCCUUGUUUUUGCUUCCCUGCUAUCCCCUGCCACUUCAGUGACCACCGAGGCAGCAGUUUCCGGCCACUCCACCCCAGCAAACCAGACUCUCCGGCUGGUUGAUGAGCUGAGGAAGCUGAGAAGAGUCAAUGCCCUGCUUAAGAGAAUCAACAAGCCCUCUGUCAAGACCAUUCAGAGCUCUGACGGUGAUUUGAUAGACUGUGUUGAGGCUCACCUUCAACCUGCUUUUGACCAUCCCCUCCUCAAAGGGCAGAAGCCAUUGGAUCCGCCCGACCGACCAAAGGCCAAUGAGUCCUCAACAAGUGCAGAAGAGUCCUCUGAUAUCUUUCAGCUCUGGGCAGAAAAUGGGGAUUCAUGCCCGGAAGGAACUGUUCCAAUCCGAAGGACGACAGAGAAGGAUGUCCUUCGAGCAAGUUCUAUUCGGAGAUUCGGAAGAAAGCGGCGAAGGAGUGUAAGGAGAGAUUCAUCCGGCAGUGGUCACGAGCAUGCAGUAGCAUUCGUCAACGGAGAUCAGUACUAUGGAGCGAAGGCGAGCAUAAACGUGUGGGCGCCACGCGUUACGGAACAAUACGAGUUUAGCCUGUCACAGAUUUGGGUCAUCUCGGGUUCGUUCGGGAAUGAUCUUAACACCAUAGAAGCAGGAUGGCAGGUCAGUCCACAAUUAUAUGGAGAUAACAACCCAAGGUUCUUCACUUACUGGACUACCGAUGCAUACCAAACAACUGGAUGCUACAACCUGUUCUGCUCAGGCUUUGUCCAAACGAACCGUAGAAUUGCUAUUGGGGCAGCCAUCUCCCCGAGGUCUUCUUACAAUGGCCGGCAAUUUGAUAUCAGUGUUAUGAUCUGGAAGGACCCGAAGCAUGGGCACUGGUGGCUGCAAUUCGGGUCUGGGCUACUAGUCGGGUACUGGCCUGCAUUCAUAUUCAGCCACCUAAGGAACCACGCCAACAUGAUUCAGUUCGGGGGAGAAAUCGUGAACUUCAGGUCACGAGGGAUCCACACAGCGACGCAGAUGGGCAGCGGCCACUUCUCCGGGGAAGGGUUCAGGAAGGCCUCGUACUUCCGGAACCUCCAGGUUGUGGAUUGGGACAACAACUUGAUUCCUCCACAAAACCUACGCCUCUUGGCAGACCACCCAAACUGUUACGACAUAAGGCAAGGGAGGAACAGCGUGUGGGGAAUGUACUUCUAUUAUGGCGGUCCCGGGAGGAAUGUUAGAUGUCCAUAAUAGGAAUAUGAACUAGAUUUUACGGCAAGUAUGUAGAUGAAUUUUUUGUCAUUUCUAAUCCCUUGAGAAUGGAAUUUCCCCCUUUCUCCUGAAAGAUCAGUUAAACAUACUUCAUACGAAGAUUAUAUAAUGUACAAAUCAAGCCCAACAUAGACAUACAUCAGCAGUGUCUUGUUUUGACGUUGCCA